AUGCUCGUCCCAGCUCGGCUGUUUUGUUCUCGAAUGCUUUGGAAGACGAUCGCAGCCGCUGAGUCGCCGACCCAUGUAGCAUUCUUCCCACAGGCUGCACCGCACACCGACACGGAACCUGCCUGCGUCGCUCCUGCGUGCCAGUGCGACAUGGUCGCUGCGCCGUCAGACGCGUCGCCAUUGCAAGCUACCGGAACCCUCCCAGCCUUCCGCGCCUCCAAACCCACGGAUCCUGCACUGCCAGCCUUUGCCCACAUACCGCCCCAUCGGCCAUGAGACCUGUUUCUGCGCUGCUGCGUCAUGUCGCGCCCACAACAUGGCUAGGGCGAUGAGUUGGCCAGGAAACUCUUAUCCGCUUUCAGGCUUACGCCGUAACGCUGGCAUUUUGCACAUUGGCCAGAAUGCAGCCGUUAUGCCAGCGACUAUGAAGCAGUAAAUCCCCUGCCCGCCGCGCCUCUGAUUGGCCGCCGUCAAAAAGGUUCCCUUGUCGAUAGUUGGGCAAGGGGCUGAAGCAUCGCACUUAGCCUGAGACAUCGCCCAGGGCAUCCCCGUCCUGUCUUUCCUUUUUUUCUCCCUGGAAAAACAAGCCGACAGCCACGCGACGCCGCUUGUUGGCACUGGGUGCGUACAUACUCUACUUACGGACGUACGUUGUUUGCACAGGCGAUUUUCGCUGGUCUAUCGUCGUCACAAUGACGCUCCUUAAUAGAUAAGAUUCAAGCAGCACUCUUUGUACAUAGACUUUGUUGUCUUC